UAUUUAAUAUGAAUAUGGAUAAAUGUUGUAAGUUUUGUACAGAAAAUCAAGGUAAAUAUGUUUGUCCAAAAUGUGGAGCGCCCUACUGUUCCUUAUUGUGUUACAAGUCUUCAACUCAUUUGGAGUGUACUGAACAAUUUUACAAAGAUUGUAUUGAAGAAGAACUUAAUGUUCAAGAUUCAGAUGAUGCAUGCAAAAAAGAAAUGAUUAAUAUUCUUAAAAGAGUAUAUGGAACAAAUGAUGAAGAUUCAGAAAGUGAUUCAGAUGAUGAAGAAAUUACAAAUCUUGAUGAACGGUUGAAUGGAAUUAAUCUAGAUGAUGCAGAGCAAGUUUGGAGUUCUUUAACGGAUUCUGAAAAAGCUGACUUUGAACACCUUGUUAAGUCUGGGGAUAUCACUAAAAUUUUACCUCCGUAUACUCCUUGGUGGUGUUUACCAAUUGAAAAACAGCUAGUAACUGAAGUUGGAGAAAAUAUUAAUGAAAGCAAGUUUCCAUCUUUAUUAAAAAAUAUACCAACAUUUUCAAUUAUUUCAAAAAAGCAACCAUCAGUAUGUAUUCAAUGGAAUUUAGUUAACAUAAUAACUGCAUAUGUGUUUUUGAUACGAUACUAUAAUGGUAAACAUAAAUCUUAUUUGUCAGAAUUUAUUAAUGGCAUGUAUAAUUUGUCAACAAAUCUAUCUGCUAACCAGAAUUUUGAUUCAUAUGAUACAGCUGUUAAAUCUGUUGAAAUUUGUAUUCAAGAGCAAGAAAUGUUCAAAGGUUUUCAAGAAAGUUUUAGGCUAAUAAAAUAUGAUUUGGAAACAAUUUUUAAUAAUGAUUUGGAUUCCAACUCUAAUUACAACAUACUAUUAGCUUUAUCUGAUAUACAUAGUUUAAUGACUGAGUAUAAAAACAAAAAUAAAAAUAAUUUAUCAAAAAAUACAGAACAAGGGGAGUUUAAUAGAAAAUUUCCAGAUGCAAAAGCUAGUUAUUCCAUCCAUGUUGAUAUUAAAAAAACACGUUUAUUAUUGAAAAAAAUUGAAUACUUCUUAUCUUGGGCUGAAAAUAAUAAAUUAUAA